CGACAAUGUGAUGUGAUGUGUGAAGCUUUUUUUUUUUUAUUGCUGUUCUUUUUUUAUCUGUUCAUGCUAAGGCAUUGCACUUUGAAAUUGAAACGACCGGAGGCGGAAGUGACCCCUUUCUUGUUGACAUUCUACAGACAACCCUUUGGGCAAGAUGGAGGCAGGCUGAAGGAACGGCGAGGCCGACUUUGAAGGACUUUUUCCCCAUCCCGGCCGCUGUUCGGCUUCGGCGGCCAUGAAACGCGAAUGGCUCGCGUCAAGCGGACAGCGCUGCUGUGGCUGCUGCUCGCCAGCAGCUGUCUUUUCCUGCUCUUUCAGCUCCUCCACUACCGGAAAUACGACAGCAAGCCGCUCCUGAGGCGCACGCCGGGUCACGUGACUGCCAGCGACCUCCAAUGGCAAACCGUCAAGACGUUCCUGCAUCUGGUGCGGCGUUUCCGGCUCCCGCUCUUCCUUGCCGACCCUUUCGCGCUCGGGCUCCUGACGGCGGAUGGCCAGCGGUCGUCGCCCGAGUCCGGCUGCGCCAUCCUGUGUCGCGGCAGAGCCGUCACCGCGUUCGGGCUGCUGGCCGAUGCGUGGACGUACAACACCGCCUUCCUGUCGGCUGCCGAGCAGAAAGGCUUCGAGGCACUGGAGCUGCGGGGCGACGACCCCCGAUUGGCCGGCUUGGACCUACUGUCCGGAGAGGACGUCCCCUUGCAUCUUCUGCUUCGCCUCCGCGGCCACGUCAUCCAGGUGGUUUUCCUGUACAAGCGUAGCGGCAACUACCUGUGGCAUGGACCAAUGCGCCUCAAAGCCGACACGGAUCGCGAUUUCGCACCCUUCGCAACGAUGGACUUCGGACGCUACGCCGGCGCCUACAACAGGCCGCGGCUGGUACUGACGGUGGUGGACGGCUUGGAUGUGGCAGUCCCCCGGAACAUCUCGGGCUUCUUAGCUGAACGUGGACGCGCGCGCUUCCUGGAGUGCCGCUACCGGGACGCCCGGCGCUUCCUGCAGCUCUACCCGGACGACAACACUCCUCAGGCGCUGGAUUUUGGGAACAAAGCCAAGUCUUUGCUUCGGUUGGCCGCGGAGACCCUGGCCCGCCUGCACGUCCCCUUCUGGAUCAGCAGCGGAACCUGCCUGGGCUGGUUCAGGCAGUGCAGCUUCAUCGCGUACAGCCGCGACGUGGACAUCGGAAUUUUCAUCGACGACUUCCGCCCCGACAUCAUCUCGGCCUUUCAGGAGGCCGGCCUUUCGCUCAAGCACAAGUUUGGAAAGGUGGAGGAUAGCCUGGAGUUGUCCUUUGUGAGGGACGGCGUCAAACUGGACAUCUUCUUCUUCUACCGGGACGGUGAUCUGACCUGGAACGGGGGCACGCAGGCCAAGAGUGGCCGGAAGUUCAAGUACUGGUUCCCCGGAUUUUCGCUGUGCUGGGCCGAGCUGGCGGAGGUCCGAGUGGGAGUCCCUUGCGAGACCCUGGACUACGUGACGGCCAAUUACGGAGAAGCGUGGAGCGUCCCGCAGAGGACGUGGGACUGGAAGACCUCACCCAGUAACGUACAAGAAAACGGAGUGUGGCCUCCCUCCCAGUGGGAGGAGCUCAUUCAAGUCUACUGACUGGGAAUCCAAAUGUUCCGUCCCUCAACUAGACGUGCCGAUUACCAGUUUCAAGGUAUACCGUGGUAUGAAAACGUCAAGGCUUCAAAACCUCAAAAAUCUAACGUGAUACCGUCCCUAAGGUAUUAGCUAUUUUUUACGUCUCAAAAAUGCAUGGAGAAAUCCCUCGCUUGCAGCUGCAAGGCUCAACCCUGCCCGACUGGUUGUUGCUCAAUGUCAGUAAGUCAGCUGGCUGGAGGAGGUGAAACUCCAGCUUUUUCCUCCAUCGUAGAAAACGAAAUCGCUGGUAUGGGAAUACUUUGGCUACAGAAAACUUACAAACGACCGCAGCUUAGAGGAGGGCCAACUGACAUGUUAAACAUGUUUGCGGAGGGUGGCUGCCGAGGAGGCAAUACCUCCAAUAAGAUUUUGCAUUUAUCCAAGGUUUAGAAAACACUGUCAUGAACGUUUCCCACCAGCUACGAGUUAAACACGCUGGAGUUAACGUGUAUAGUAGUGGUAAAACGUGUUUUUUUUUUUUUCUCCCUGGCAACUGUCUACGUUACGAGUGUAUAAUGUAAACAUGAUGAUCAUCAUGCACACAUGCUUUUUAUGGAAAAUAAUUUUGUUCUGAUGGUAAUAAUGUUGAGUUGUGGCUGUGGGUUUAGGCUCACUUAAAGGACUGCAUUUAUUUUAAGUUUAUUUAGAAUAUUUCAGUUAUUUUAUAUUUAUUUUGACUUAACAUUAUACUUAUGUUCCAAUUUGCUAAUGUUUCUUAAAUUCUGUUCAAUGGGAUUUUUUUAUUUUAUUUAGAUUUUAGAGCAUUUUGGCUCAAGGUUAUCAGAAUCAGUCAGAAUCUCAUACCAGCACAUGCCUAACCUCAACCCGCGGCGCUGAAAGAUGAGCCUUCACAGCCAGGUUUUCCAGUUGAAAGGAAUUGGACCUCUGUCUUUGUCAACCGUGGCCAAUGACAACAAUUCCAUCAAAAUAAAAUGUUAUUGGGGUGUCAUAACCGGAGUAUAUUUCUGUUUGGUCAUUUUCUUUUUAAUGAUCCAAUGCUCCAAAAUUAACCGGUAGUGACUCCAAAAAGUUGAACAGGAAGUGGCCCAAGUCCUCCAACAUCAACAGGAAGUGACCCAGAAAUCAACCAAAAUCAACAGGCAGCCCCCCCACCAAAUCAGAUAGGAAGUGACGUUGAAAUGCCUGAUGUUCAACAGAAAGUGGCCCGAGUGCCCCAGAAUCAAGUCCGAGUGCCAUUAGGAUGGGGGAAAAAAAUUAGGAUGGGGAAAAAAAAACAAACAUUUCGUAGCAAAGAAUAACAAGACACUUUAAUGAUCACUCGGGGUCAGCAAUAAAACACAUUGGCAAAGUUAACUUUUGGAGGACUUGGCCGCAAACACAGCAUCGUUGAGGCCUUCUCGGUUUCGGGCGAUCUCCACGGCGAAGAACUGGAUCCUGGUGGCUGCGACCGCAAGCAACACGUUAUAUAUAGUGGACCUUCAUUCUUCCUAAAAUUUGGGAACCGACCGAAAAUACUGUUCUCUUCCGUGUAGUCCUCCCGGCAGUCCAGUCGCAGCAGAGUCCCGAAGUUGAAGUCCUCCACCAGGCCUUCGUAGCAGUUGCAGAAAGGGCGCCACCUCUGGACACAUUCGCUCUUUUAGCGCCAGUGACCGAGAUAUUCGAGUCAACAUGCUACUGUCAAUUUAGUGAACGUUCGAUCAGUUUGACGCUGUUCUUUCGUAGCCUGGAACUCCAGACUCACGCUGUUCCAGCUAUAGAGUCAGGCGACUGUUCCGCGGAUCAAAUUCCCAGGGCGGAGCAAGCCACAGCAAACAGACAGCUGAGUGGACCAAUCAGCGACGGGCGGACCGUUGUUAAAGCGACAAGAAACUCUAGCGCGACGAUGUACACAUACAAGGAGAACGGAGAAGUUUAUUCAACAUGGCUAACACGAGACAGACAGUUGGUUUUAGCGACUCAAUGUGUUUUUGAUAGGGGUGUAACGGUACACAAAAAUCUCGGUUCGGUACGUACCUCGGUUUUGAGGUCACGGUUCGGUUCAUUUUCGGUACAGUAAGAAAACAAAAUGCAAAAUAUAAAUGUGCUAGUUGUUUAUCACACAUUUUUGUGCUUUCAACAAUAGGAACAUUAGCCUAUAUAAAGCUAGAAUUCUGCUCAAAAAGUAGCGGGUAUUUAAAGAUAAUAAUCCAACAACAAUUUGCCUAUAAGACCCCGCGUAUUGGUCAGCUUUCUUUCUGAAAGAAGAAAAAAGUCCUGUGCUAAAGAGAAAAGCAAUCCCAAUGACAAAGAUUUUAACAUGUAUUUUACAAAUGAAAUGCCUCAAUGAAUCUUUUUUUUUUCUUAUGAACGGUUCUCAAAAGUUAAAGCGCCACACAGAAAUUAAUAAAUUUAAUUGUGUAAGCAGGAUCUUUGUAUUAUUCUUAUUGUUUAAUUACAGGUGUUUUGGCUAAUUUCAAUUUAUUUUAUUUAAAUGGGCUAUUGUUUUAUUAUGUGUUUAUAUUUUACAAAUGUGAUGUAGUAUUCAUUUAUAUUGAAUAUUUUAUGUUAUAUAACUUUUAUUCCUAUGGGAAUAUUAGUUCCUACUUGUUUUGUUGUGGUAGGAGGGUUUUGUAUUGAACACGGGGCCGUGUUGGCUAUUAUUAUAGCAGAGAAGACAGCAGUAAAUCAACAAAGACAAGUCAACUGUGCCCCGAUUUACCACUCAAGAGAUCUGAUUGACUCAAAUAGUGGGUUACGAUUGCAUAUUAGUUUGAAAAUCGACCGGAUCCACCGUAUUUUUGCACGGGUGACUUCCGGUCUGCCCGAUCCUAGCUAGUAGUAUUGACGCAGGAGGGCAGCGUCUCGCGUCUAAUAAUGUUUUUGUCGCGUUGAGCCGCUUCUGGGACGCGUCUAACACACAGCCGCACUGCAACUGGUGUGCAUUGGCUGAUUGACUUUAACGCCCGCAUUUCACUGCGUUCUUGCGGUGGCCACGUUGUCGCGCCAUUGACGUUUCUGGGUUAUAUACCGUCCGUGUUGGUCCUCAUUAUAGUAGAGAAGACGGGAGUAAAUAUAAUCUUACACAAAGAAACUGUAACCCGUUCGACUCAAAGCCUUGAAAAGUAAGGAUUACAUUACGUCAGAAACUCGUUCGGUACGCCUCCGUUCCGAACCGAGCACCCCGUACCGAAACGGUUCAAUACAAAUAAAUGUACCGUUACCAGUGUUGUUAAUUUUACUUUAAAAAAGUAAUUAAUUACAGUUACAAAUUACUUCUCCCAAAAAGUAAUUGCGUUAGUAACUCAGUUACCUGAAUGUAAGAGUAAUUAGUUACUUGGCAAAGUAACUAGUGAUAAUUUUUUUUUUUUCAAAAAAAAAAAAAAAAAAAGGUCACGCAAUGUGAAGUUUAAAGGGUUUGGGGGACAAUUGGCCCUAGCCCAAUUCUUUAACCUCCACUUAACUAGACACAAGGGUAUUGCGAUAACUAGAUAGUAACCUUUGCUAUGUGUGGAAGCCAUUUAAAGUUGUGAAUCAACCGUUAAAGUUGUUAAAAUUGCUCCCGUUAUUGCAUUAGUUCCCUUCUGUCUACUUUAAACAUGUGUAAGUUUUAAAACCGUUUCAUCAUUUAAAGACAGAUUUAAGUUAUGAUUUUGCCGAUUUAAGAGCAUUUUAGAUUUAAAAAAAAAAAAAAAAGUUACUUAGGUUCGCUAGGAAGGAUCUCUACAUCAGAGCCUUCCUGAGAGGUCUACUGCUUUAAGAUGGCGGCUGUUUACUAACGCAUGUAGUCCUUAAAACAUGUUGCCAAUGCAGCUGUGUCUGUCAUUUGCAACUAGUUCUAUAAUAUGAUAUCUACCGUGUCAUAUGGGCGUAGUUUGUCGGCUAUGGCUACAGUCACGUAUUAUUGGAGCCACCUAGCAUCGCGGUUGCAACGGCGUCUUCCCCACUCCUGCUCUGCUCUCUCGUCUCCGUGAGUCCGUUUCUCUCAGACUUUUUUUAUUCAACCAACUUAGUAACGCAUAGUAACGCACGCCUUUUCCGCCUCAGUAACGGUAACGGCGUUGCCAAGAUGAGAAAAGUAAUCAAUUUGAUUAUUCAUUACUAAAAAAAAUAACGCCGUUAGUAACGCCGUUAUAUUCUAACGCCGUUAUUAACAACACUGACCGUUACACCCUUAGUUUUUGGUCAUUUAAAACUGAAUUUACCGCGGAUAGGAACAUAUUCUCGGAUCUCCCGUUCGCCAUCUGUGUUGUUGUGGAGACGUUUUCCGACACCCAAGAGUGACGUUGCUCGUUAAGAACACGUCACGCAAAUAAACGAAUCUGAUUGCACGGACGAUUUCGUUCGGGCUCUUGAGGCCAAUAAGGAGGUGGGGUCCCAGACUCCAUAGCUGGAACAGCGGUGAGUCUGGAGUUCCAGGCUAGUUCUUUAGCCUCUACCUCAAACGGAUGAGAUUUCUACCACUGUCAAUUUGUAGCAUGUGAUGUGAUGCUGACUACAUAUUGUUUUGUUGCAAUGGCCACGUUUGUGGUCACUUUGUUUUAUCUUUUGUGGUAGCACUGUCGUGGUGGCCAUGUUUGUAGUGC